AAAUGACUACCCCAAACAAGACGCCACCUGGUGCUGAUCCAAAGCAGUUAGAGAGGACUGGUACUGUUAGAGAAAUAGGCUCACAAGCAGUUUGGUCUCUCUCAUCCUGUAAGCCAGGAUUUGGAGUGGAUCAGUUACGAGAUGAUAAUCUAGAAACUUACUGGCAAUCAGAUGGAUCACAGCCUCAUUUGGUGAACAUCCAAUUUAGAAGAAAAACAACAGUGAAGACUUUAUGUAUUUAUGCAGACUACAAAUCUGAUGAAAGUUACACUCCAAGCAAAAUCUCUGUCAGAGUAGGAAAUAAUUUUCAUAAUCUCCAGGAAAUCCGGCAACUUGAAUUAGUGGAACCAAGCGGCUGGAUUCAUGUUCCUUUAACAGAUACUCAUAAGAAGCCUAUUCGCACGUUUAUGAUUCAGAUUGCUGUUCUAGCUAAUCACCAAAAUGGAAGAGACACUCACAUGAGACAAAUCAAAGUGUACACGCCAGUGGAAGAGAGCUCUAUUGUUAGUUUCCAAAACCUCCUCGUUUACAAGGGUGUGAAUAGUCUGCAUUUACAUGCACUGCCAGUAGUGUUCACAAGCUGGCAGGUAGGUAAUACUAACUCACAAGGUUGUGCUUGAAUGCAUCACUUCUGUUAUGCUCUUACCCCCUCCACUGUGCCAACAGCUGAGAGAGCUGUGAGUUUUCCCUACACUCACAUCUUUCUGGCUCAUUGUCAGUCAAGCUAUGCCAACUGCACCAGCCAGUAAAAGCAUAUAGGAAAAAUAAAUUUGUCAUAGGAAAAGUACAGAGAAGUGAUUACUUUCAUGCAAGACUACACUGAAGGCACUGUUAGGCUGUACUUCAUUAAUGCAGAAAAACUAGCUUUCAAAAUCAGGGGGUUUGUCAGUGAUAGUGUCCUUGAGGACACUUCCACUCAAAGAGUUAGGACCAAAAUAUGGGGUAUUUUUAAACUGCUGUAAUGUAAACAUUUUUAGUAAUUCUAAGAGUAGAUGAGACAACAAUAUAUCAUUGUAUUGUAUCAUUCUCAAAGAAUUCUAUGCAAAUAAUGGUAAAGGGAUGUGCUAGCUGAUACGCAAGAGAUUUAUGUGAUAAUU